AUGGUGCGAACAGAGACUCUUCUUAGCGAGUACAUCAAUUUCGGCGAUCAGAAUGCUGGUUUGAGCGAUGCAGAACUCACCAACAAAGAGCUCAUGUUCUACGGCGCCGCCGCCGUCAGCCAUCUCUGCAAUGAACAAGAGCAAGGUAUUAACAUUGAUGAGAACCUUCAUCAAAGCGAGCGAUUCCGUUUCAUCCGAGAACUGGACAUUAUCUCGUCAAUUUACUCAAUUGCCCCAAUAAGCAAGAAAGCGGGGAUCAAGUCAACGCCGCCCGUCAUUGCCUGGUCUAAUCGCCUUCAGACUGUCUUUCUGGGCUUCUGCUGCACCCGCGACAUGAACGAUGUCAGAUCUGACCUGGAUGUGCGCUUGGCAACGUCUGAUGAUAUCGGAUCGCGCUUCCAUAAGGGCUUCUGGAACAGGAGCGAGGAGUUUGUGCCACUUGUUGAGUGGCUCAUGAAAAGGCAUAAGCUGGUUGUUUGCGGCCACAGUUUUGGAGGCGCCUUGGCGACUAUUUCGUCUUACCUAGCAAUGGUCAGCCAUGAUCCCGUCCCCAACGCCUGGGAAGAAAGACCAGGCGGCAUAUCCAUCAUCACGUUCGGGGCACCUUCGUGUAUGGUCGCUGAGCCCCGAGGAACAACGGCGUCACUUCAAAUGAAUCUGAGCAGCAAUUUUCACCACAUUAUUAACCCCCACGACUACGUUCCCUUCGCCCUCAACGAUAGUUCGAGGAGAUUUCGGCAAGGAUUCGACGCUUUGAGAACGCCCUUAGGAAACAUCUCCCCCACCAUCCAAAUGCUCUGGCCCAUCCUUGAGUACUUCUUGGACCUUUUGUUACAGCAUACAGGCAAAUUCUGUCACUUCGGCUGUAUGUAUUCUAUUGCCGCGGAAGUACCUGGUACAGGCUUCCACAAUUGUGUCCAGACUUUGCGAGUCAACGACGUUCCUCAGAUACCCAGCGCCGGCCAGGUCGACCAGUACCACAAGAUGUCGCACUACUUCCAUUGUGUAAAGAACUCCGUCGGCGCGCGAUUUCUCCAGGAGGCCUCAUCAAACGUCAUCCAUGAGAUCCAAUCAGACGUUUCAUCGAUGAUACUUCCGAUGCCUAGAACGGUGAUCAACUGCUCUUGCGUGGUUCAUAGCGAUCACUUGAUCGUGUCACUCGACGUCGAUACGCCUGUAAUCCAAUAUCUUUUGAGAGGAGCAAUCUUCAGGAAGGAUUCGAGGGAAAUUUCUCUGACCAUUCUUGGAUUUCCUAGCAAGUCUGAUCAUUGCCAGACAUCUAUUAAACUAGAGUAUCGCAUCAAAAACAAUGAUCCAUUUGAAGAUAUUGGAAAGGCUUCGAUCGCCAUCCAAAAGGGCAUCAUCCUUCAUGACAUUUUCGGGCGAUCUACAAACGUCGAUGUUGACACGGUAAGAUCUAUGAGUCUGGACAGGGCCAGUCUACCAGCGACAUUCGAAAGUAUCCGACUGGCAAUGAUACGCGCACUUGUUGCCCAGAUGUCAAAGAUCCAGGCCCUCAGAACUGACAAUACAUCCCGCGAUGCUCAUCCUCCAGAAGAGAUCAAGGCGAUUGAUGGCAAGCUUAAACCUGUUGUGGACUGUAUCGACGGGUUGGUCAGCGAUGCCAGUCCUCAUCUGGUCGUUAGUCGUCUGGGGCAUGCUUUUACUAUUUUAAAAGUGCUUUGGCCCAAAGACUUUGAGAUAGAAUCCGACUUCCAUGCUUCUAUGCCUGGAGCGUACGGAGAUGAGGAAUCUGACACUGGCCUUCUCCACGACAUCCCUCCCGAUUGCCCUAAAGCACUUAGGAAGCUUGUUACAGACAUGUUCCUGAGUCAGAACGCCCCAGGGAUCACCCGAGCUCAACUUUCUGUCAAGAGCUGGGAGGCUGCCAAGAGACCAACAUUGGCCAAGCAAUUCAAGAGGUUACCAACCUUUGCUGGAGCCCUCGAGACAUUCAGCCAUGAUUUAUAUCAUCGCUCUACGGACCCCUCAAGACGCACAGAGCAAGCAGUGUCCCAGUUCCAAGACGUGAUGGGUGUCAUACAGUUCUGUCAUCUUGUUAUAAUCACUCAACUCGACGCUCCGUACGAAUGGUACUGCAAGUCCACUGAGGGCCACCAAAUCAAAUCAGCUGCUUUAGGUGCCUUGCCGUCCUAUUUUUCUGGGACUUCAUUAUUUUCCAGGGCCCUGGCGUCGUCAUUCAUGGAGAGUCUUGGCGUAGGAGCCAUUUCCGCCGCUGGGUUAGGUGUUACCGGUGGCAUAGCGGUGUUGUUUGCAAGCACUGCUGUCAUCAAUCAUUUCCUCAAUAGGCACAAAGAGUAUCUGAACCUAACCUUUCCUGGUGCUCUCUCCACCACCUUACAGGCACUUGACCUGCCAAUUGCCGAGUCUGAUGAUAUAGUGGAGAAAACACUACUUGAUCGUGUGAAGCAUGAUAUCGCCGGUUGUCGCACCCAAGAGACUUUGGAGAAGUGGAGGGUAAAGCUUGAGGAGGGCUUGAAAGACUAUCCUGGGGCAAAAGCUAACCAAUGGUGCAUCACACCUACCUUCUUCUGGCCCAGAUGGCUUUUCAGUGUUGCUCAAGUCGCCCAGCUCCGCAUACAGCUCUCGGACAAAAUCUGCAUUGGGGUACAGGGCUCCACGGAAGCUGGCAAGAGUCAAAUGCUGACAGUAUUGACUGGUGCAUCGGAGGACUACUUCAAGCCCGGAUCCAGCAGCCUUUGUAGGACUUUGGGGAUCCAGUCGUACGACUCCAGUAACCUUGGUGCCAUCUUCCUUGACAGCCCCGGCUUUGACGAUCAAAAGCCAGAGAUCAAGUACAUGGCUAAUGUGUUCCAAGAGCUAUUCGCGAUUGUGAUCAUCGUCAUUCCAAUGGAGCGAACACGAUCUGAGGCCACCGAAAGCGCUUUACGUAUAGCUAUCAAGCUACUCCGUGAUCAAGAGGAUAAGCGUCCCCUACGAAUCCUACUGAGUCAGGCCGACGGUCUGGACCACCAUCGUAACAACAAGCAGGUCUUCAGAGACACCCUACGUGAUGUAAGGGAACAGUUCAUGUCCAGAUUCAGACAGGAAUUGGGCGAAGACUUCACCACGUUCAGACAGCAGCCUUUCCACGAUGGUAUUGUUUGCAAAUCGGAGAGGCUGGAGGAUAUCAUCAAGCCAUUCUCGACGCAUGCCCAGAUGAGUUUGGAUGGGAUUACUGCAUUGGCAGAUUGUCCUCCUGGAACACCGUGUAAGAUUGAAAGAGCAAGUCACUUUGGGAAUUUGUGCGAGUUGGCUGAUGCGGGAGAAAUAUGGGACAUUGAGUCACUGCGCUCCUGGCUUCGGGAUCUUUCACCCAGCAGCGUGCCGAUGUCGAGUGGCCGCGUGCGAGUAUACUGUGAUUAA